UGUCUGAAUCCAAGUUAAAUCAAUAGAAGAAGAUUUCAAAAAAAUAGAGAAAUAUUAUUCACAAGCAAAAAAAAAUAUGCAUAAAGGGAAAAAAUUUUCUAAAGAGACCAAAAUUAAUGAACGAACAUCGGCUACAUUGGGACAAAUCCUAAAAUAUGCAACAAAUUAUGAUUAUUUAUUCAUAUUUAUUGGAAUUUUUGGCUCUGCAUUGGCCGGUGUAAAUUGGCCAUUAUUGAAUAUAACGUUCGGUAAAGUUGUUGGUGUAUUUGUAAAAUUUGAACAUCGAAAUUCAAAUCAAACAGAAAUUAAUGAUGAAAUACGUGAUAUAUUUAUGAAAGAUGUUUAUUAUUGGUCUGGAUUAACAUUUAUUUCAUUUAUAUUGUUUGUCAUUGGAAAUCUUCUCACCUUAUAUUCAUUUCAAUUAUUGGCCUUCAAUCUGACGAACAAUAUAAAACGAAAAUAUUUUCAUUCAAUUAUCACGCAAGAGUUAGCAUGGCAUGAUCAACGUAAUUCUGGAGAGUUUGCCGCAAGAAUAGCCAGUGAUUUCAAAAAAUUCGAAAAUGGUUUCAACGAAAAUCUUGGACUUUUAAUCUAUAAUGUUGUUGGUGCAGUAAUGAAUCUUAUAAUCGGAUUUUAUUAUGGUUGGAAACUAUCAUUAGCUAUUGUAGCUAUGGCUCCGUUAAUUGUUAUCACUUCAUUUGUUAUGACAAAGUUUCAAAGUCAUUAUACACAAAAAGAAUUGUCAGCAUAUUCUUCGGCUAGUUCGGUAGCCGAGGAAGCUAUUUCAGCCAUACGAACUGUAUUUGCUUUUAGUGGUCAAUAUAAAGAAUUGAAACGUUAUGAAACAAGAUUACAUCCAGCAAUGAUAUAUGGAUUCAAAAGAAAUAUUGUUAAUGCUAUUGGAAAUUCAAUAAAUUGGGCAACAUUAUAUGUAAGUUUUGCUGUUGGAUUAUGGUAUGGUGUAAAAUUGAUCAUCUCACCGAUCGAUAUCUAUACAAUCGAUGAUAUUGUCAUCAUAUUUUGGGGUAUAACCGGUUGUGGUUAUAAUAUUGGUUAUGCAGCACCGUUUUAUGAAUCAUUUCAGAUUGGUAAAACGUCUGCCAAAUCAAUUAUGGAUAUACUUGAACGACAAUCAAAAAUUGAUUCAAUGCAUUCUAUGGGAAAAACUUUACGAUCAAAUUUCAAAACUGAUAUAGAAUUUAAAAAUGUUCAUUUCCAUUAUCCGACCAGACCAGGCAUUCAAAUUUUACAAGGUUUGAAUUUAAAAAUUAAAAGCGAUGAAAUUGUAGCCUUAGUAGGGCCAUCUGGUUGUGGUAAAAGUACCAUUAUUCAAUUAAUUCAACGUUAUUAUGAUCCGGAUUGUGGUGAAAUUCUUUUGGAUGGUGUAAAUACUCGUGAUAUUCAUACGGGUUGGCUUCGUGGACAAUUAGGUGUUGUUGGACAAGAACCGGUUUUAUUUGAAACAUCGAUAGCUGAAAAUAUUCGUCUUGGAAUGCCUUUCGACCGUAUGAACGAAAUAACACAAACAGAUAUUGAACGUGCAGCAAAAGAAGCAAACGCACAUGAAUUCAUAUCAAAAUUACCAAAUGGAUAUGAUACAUAUGUUGGUGAUCGAGGUAAACAAUUAUCAGGCGGACAAAAACAACGUAUAGCUAUUGCUCGUGCAUUAAUUUCUAAUCCAAAGAUUCUAUUAUUGGAUGAAGCAACAUCAGCAUUAGAUUUAGAAAGUGAACAUAUUGUACAGGAAGCAUUGGAUCAUGCUAGUAAAGGUCGAACAACCAUAAUAAUUGCUCAUCGAUUAUCGACAAUUAAAAAUGCUGAUCGUAUUUUGUAUAUUGAACAAGGUCGUCUUGUUGAACAAGGAACACAUCAACAUUUAAUGGAACUUAAAAAUAAAUAUUUUAAUUUGGUAAUGGCUCAACAGAUUGAACCACAUGAACCGGUUCCACCAAAAAAACAGCCAUUAUCAAUGUCACAAUCAUCAACAUUAGAAGUGCGUACAUUACAGCAAAAACGUCGUGCAACAAAUUCACAAUUCGAUAGUUUAACAUCACCAAGUCGACCGAUACCAGUUUCUCGAACCCGAACAUUAACAUAUGAAAAUGUGGUCAGACAAAAAGGUGGAACAAUUGGUAGCGAAAAUGGAAGUGUUUAUAAUGAUGAUGAAGAAAUUACCAAAGAAGAUUUAGAGAAGCUUGAAAAAAAUAAAUUUCCACACAAACGACUUUUUAAAUUGAUUUGGAUAGAUAAAUUUUAUUUUCUCAUAGCAUUUAUCGCCGCAUUAAUUUAUGGUCUUUCUACGCCAAUCUAUGCAUUCAUUUUUGGAGAAUUUGUUCAAUUAUUCACAAUUUACGAUAUCAAAUUGGAUUCUGAUUUUAUUCAAAAACAAACCAACAUUUAUGCCAUGUAUUUCUUAAUAUUGGCUAUCGCUAUUCUUAUAUGUUGUAUAAUUCAAAUUUCAUUAUUUGGAAUUGUUGGAGAAAAAUUAACAAAACGUCUUCGUAUUAUGGCAUAUUCGGCUAUUCUUCAACAGGAAAUAACAUUUUUUGAUAAUCCUGAAAAUAGUCCCGGUGCUUUAUGUGCUCGAUUAGCUAACGAUGCUGCAAAUGUUCAAGGAGCUACUGGAUUACGUGUUUCAAUGAUUUGUCAAGCAUUAUCAACAUUGAUCGUUUCAGUAAUCAUGGGAUUUAUGUGUAAUUGGCGUCUAUCACUUGUAUCUAUGACAUUAUUACCAUUGAUUGCAAUUUCAUCGCUUAUCAGUAGUUCAGCAUAUUCAUCUCAAACCGGUAGUGAAAAUGAAUCAUCAGAAAAAUCAUCCAAAAUUAUUAUCGAAGUAAUUAAUUCAAUUCGAACAGUAGUUUCAUUACAUAAAGAAGAAUAUUUUCUUGAAAAAUUUGAAGAUACAUUGAUGAAAAAAUAUCGAUCAUACAAAUGGAAAUGUUUCAUCAAAGCAUCGAUGAUUUCGUUUUCGUUGGGUGUACAAUUUUUUGCAUAUACCAUAGUUUUUCUUUAUGGAGGAUUUUUGAUCUCAAAAGGAUUGCUUGAUUCUGGAGAUUUUUUCAAAAUUGUCGAAUCAAUGAUCUGGGGAGCUGUUGUCGUGGGACAAAGUGCUGUCUUAUCAUCCGAUUAUACAAAGGCUAAAAUUGCUGCAAUGAAUAUAUUCAUGAUGAUUGAUCGAAAACCGAUUAAAGAUCUAAUACCAGCAUAUUUGAUACAAGAAAAAUUCAAAAAUCAAGGUCGAUCAGAUGGUAAAAUUUCACUUCGUGGUGUUUAUUUUCAUUAUCCAUUACGACCAAAUUUACCAAUCUUAAAUGGAUUGUCAUUCAAAGCUUCCAAAGGUGAAAAAGUUGCACUAGUUGGUAGCAGUGGAUGUGGUAAAUCAACUACAAUACAAAUUUUGGAACGUUUUUAUGAUUGCGUACAAGGCAAAGUGUUUCUCGACGACAAGAAUAUUGCAGAAUUGGAUGUUGAUUGGCUUCGAUCACAGAUGGCAUUAGUAUCACAAGAACCUAUACUUUUUAGUCACAGUAUACGUGACAAUAUUGCUUAUGGUGAUAAUUUCCGUGAAACUGUUCCAUUCGAUGAAAUAGUUCAUGCAGCACAGAUGGCAAAUAUUCAUGAUUUUAUUAAAAAUUUACCACAAGGUUAUGAUACACCUGUUGGCUCAAAAGGUGCUCAGCUUUCUGGUGGUCAAAAACAACGAAUUGCUAUUGCCCGUGCAUUAGUUCGUGAUCCACCAAUAUUAUUGUUGGAUGAAGCUACAUCCGCAUUGGAUACAGGUUCCGAACAAAUCGUUCAGGAUGCAUUAGAUCAAGCGGCAAAAGGUCGUACCUGUAUAACUAUUGCACAUCGAUUGAAAACUAUUGUCCAUUCUGACAAGAUAGUUGUAUUACAUAAAGGACAAAAUGUUGAAGAAGGUACACAUGAUGAAUUAAUAGCAAUGAAAAAAAAUUAUUGGAAACUUCAUAAUAGUGGUGAAUCUUAGUCGAUUUCUUUGAUAAAUUAUCAAUAUUAUUUGUAGCCAAGAUUUUUGGCUAUCCGAUUAUCAAUUAUUUGU